CCUCAGUUGAUUUUCUCCGCCCUGUUUCAGACCAGUUUAUUUGCAUGUUUCACCCCCCCUUCCAAAAAAAAGACAAAAGUCACGCAAAAGUAGAUAGCAGAUUGCCGAAGAGAGAAAACAAAAAAAUCAAUGCGUAAAACAGCAAAGGGAGUUUGUAUACACCUGGAAGAAAAUGCUGGAGAUCUCCGUGCGGGAAUGCUUCGAGUUUGGGGCGAGCAAUCAGUUUGAAAGAGUGAAGGCGCUACGCGAAAAGUUGGGAGCUGAACUUUCAUCUUGUUGGCAGGGCAUUUUCCAACCCCCCCCAUUCCCACCUCACCUCCUGUUGGCGGUGUAUGGCUGGGCUCAAAGAAUCGAGAGAAGUGUCGGAAAGGUCACCAGCGCUUGUUGCUUCCUCGCUCGGAUUCCUCCUUUUAUUUAGUAGCUGUGUGAGUAUUUAUUAACUUGGGGGCCGAACAAACAGGGAUCAACAAUGUGUUGGGUCAUUUUCAAGAAAGGGGUUGUGCAGCAGUAGAUGUGAAGGGGGGGGGGUAGGGAAGGAAAGACAGAGAAGGAGGAAAGAAAGAGAUUUAUCUUUUUUGUGUCCCCGAUGGCGGAGAGAGAUCAGGGAAGAAAAGUGAGUGUUUACAGAAGCGUUUCGUUCCAGUAUUUGAGAGCGAGGAGACCGGCUGAGGAGAGCCAGCAGGGAUGUAACCCGUCAGCGGGAUGUGUACAGCCUCCUUGUCCGUGCCCAGCUGCAGGAGGUCGGGCUGAGCAGCAGCCGAGCCCCGGGGUUACCGCCAGGGUCCGCUCGGUUUGCAAACUCGUCUCCUGCAGCUCCGAGGCCAAGAAGAGCCACCAGCUCUCGCCGUCCAUCCGCCAGCUCUCCGAACGCUUCGAUGCCGGGGAGAGCGGCUUGCCUCCGGCUCCUGCCGUUGGAGUUAGCCCGCAGGUUAGGGCUGGCGAGCGGGAGCGGAACAGCGGCCCCCGCCGGGAGCUGGAAGGAGAGAGAGCCGAGCCCGAGUGUGUGCAGCCGGCCAUGAACUGGGAGCAGCCCGGGGAGCAAGCUCCGGCCCCCAGUGAAGCUACCGGCUGGCCCAGCGUCACCGAGAUGCUCAAGCUGUUCGGGGAGCCCGGUACCAGGAAGCCCAGUGGCUCCUCCUCCCCGUGGCCGGAGGUUCCCGUUGCCCGGGCUCGGUGCCCCGGGACCCCCUCUCGGUCCGAAGCAGCCACCGAGCAACCCCUCAGCUGGACUGAAGGAGCCGGGAACCCUGGAUAUAAAAUCCCACCCCCGCCGCCACCGCCUCGCAGCUCCCUCCCAUUAGCUCUGAGGCUGCCUUGGCGUUCCUCCGGUCUACACAAGCAAGAGGGAAGACAGGAAUCAGAUAGUUUACAUUCCACGCAUAACUGCUCCAAACCACAGGCUGUCCCCACUGCACCCAGCUUACCGGCGAGCUCUAGCGAUGAGGAGCAAUACAGCAGAGAUCUGGUGCAGUAUAGCAGCCGAGUUGCGAAGAUAGGCAGGUCUCAGGACCGAUCUUCAGGGAGUGAGGAAGAUCAGCCCAUGGUUCACAGGGACGUCAAGAGAAGAUCCCUGAGGAAAAAGAAAGCCAGCCUGGUGGUGGGGAACAAAGAUGAGUCCGACAGUGAUGCCUCCUUGGGUGAAUCUCAGACCAAGCACGAAGGGCACGGUCAGUUAGAGCACUUCCCUUGCCCAGGUGAGGGCGGUUUGAAGUCACAGCCAACAGCUGAAGCAUACCCCUCGACACUGGUCUGCUCUGCCCCGUGUGGCUUGGCAAGUCUUCCACGUGAGAGGAAGCAGUGUGUCUCAGCGGCGUGCCAAACGAACAAAGUUGAACAGAGCCAUAAAAGGGCUCUGGGACUGUUUGGAGACAGUGGAACGCCCAGCCCCGCAAAUCAUUCUCACAGCACUUCAGGGUCACCCAUCCCGAUGGUCUCCAGGGUUGCGAAAGUCAACAUCCAGUCCUUCCUUCAGAGUCCCAGCAGCUCAAGGAGCAGCAGCAGAUACUCCAGCACUGAAACACUAAAGGACGAAGAUCACUGUUCUGCAUUUAGCAGGAGCCUACAAGGGAGUUUGAACAUGCACCGGUCCCCAAGCUUUGGUCACGGAGAUGAGGCAGCAAAACAUUUGAAGCCGUUGGUGCGUUCCCGACCCAAGCUGCCUUUCGGGAUUGUAAAGGUAACGACGGAGGGUUCAGCAGGGAGCGCGAGUCCACAGUAUGAAUGUAACACUGAUAAAUCUAAGCACAGAAAGUCUCUAUCAAACCCGGACAUAGCAUCUGAAACACUGACUUUGUUUAACUUUCUUAAAUCGGAUUUUUCCGGGCUCAGGAUGAGGAGGAAAGGAAAGGAAGAAUUUGACGGGGAUGGGGUUAAUCAUGAUCGUGCUGGACCUGCUCAAUGCCAAAACGCAAAAUGGCAACAUGAGCUCAACUCGGUGGCAAAAGACAGGGACUCUCUCCAUCCUUUAAGCCAGCAAACCUCAAGUGGACGUCCUACUCUCAAAGACCUCACUGCCACCCUCCGGCGCGCCAAGUCUUUCACUUAUUCUGAUAAGCCAGUGACACGCAGGCCUAUAGUUCGCAAUCUCAUGAAACCCAGCAAUUCAGAGGCCAUGCUUGCAAACAUAGGGGGCUGUGAUUCUCCUUCAGAGGGCGAAAACCAAGAGACAGUCCAAAGAGGCGAGGACUUGCUGCCUGUUGAUAUGCAGGUUCAGUACAUUUUAGAAGCAGGGCAGCUUUUUGAGAAAAUCAAUACAAUGUGGUCCCAGAAAGAACCUCCUCUCAAACUUGACCAGAAGGAGGCAGAAUGUUCUGAACAUACUGGGGAGGACUCGCCGUUUCUUAAAGAUGCUGAGUUAUCAGCUGCUGCUGCAGAUGAAGAGCUGGAACCUGUGGAAAGGGGGGAAUCGGAGGAGAAUUUGUCCGGUGGGAAAUCAGCUGAUGAUUUGUCGGGUCCUGAGUCCAGCAUGACCGAUGAAGGGAUUGUUACUGAGCCUGAGACUGGAUCAAGCAGCACCUUGUACAGGGACAUUCCCAGUCACGUAUUGGUGCGAAACCCAACCAGGGACCUCAGUAAAGAGGAGAAGAGCGAUUUGCUUGUCAACCAAGGCACGGCGCCUGCCAUGACAGCAGUGAGGGCUGGCUAUGAGAGCGUUGCAAUAGGAGGGGAUGUGGUGUACAAUAAAACCGCUGCUUCAGUCAUUCUGGAUCCUCCUUCGACUCCAAGCUCCAUUCGGCGUAGGCGGAAAUUCCCUCCUAGUGGUAGCAAUGGAUCCGAUUCCAGCAAUGGGAGCAACGGUGACUCCAGUGGCGACACCUACAGAUCCUUCAGUGACCCAAUGCCACAUAGGAAGUGUGCAGAAGAAACGGAAAAUUUCUCUGUGGACAGCAACUUGUUGGGCUCGUUAAACUCUGUCAAAGGUGGCAUCCUGGAAUGCUCAGCUACCGCCUUAUCAGAAUGCACGGGAAGUGCAGCCAGUGACUUGUCAGUGUGCAGUGAUGGCUUAAAGGACUACAACACUGUGAUUCAACGUAUAGUUCGAGAACCAGGAACGAUGGACAAAGUGAUUGAUGAGAAAGGUAAUGGGAAGUUGGUGAAAAAGAAGUCACUCAGUGACCCAAGUCGGAGAGGUGAACUGAGUACCCCAGAGUUUACAGGUCCAAGUGAGCCCAUAACGGAGAUGGAGCAGGUGAUUCCGACAUCUAGCAGUGAACCCAUUCUUUCUGAGCAGAGAGAUGAAGUAGGGGACCUGGAGGAGUUUUCCAAGCAGGUUAGAAAGUCCCGUUCGCAGUCUGAACGCAUGCUGCCUUUACACGUCAUUGAAGAACAAGAUAAAGCUAAUUUGCAGAACUUCAGUUUGCACCCAAAACUAGCAGAGGUUCUUUCUCCACGGUCAAUGAGGCGCAGCUCCAAGAAGCGUAAUAACAGGGUCACGCAGCAGGAGGGUAGAAAGUAUGAAACGUUGAGUGAGAUGGACCAGUCUCCACCGUCCAAGACAAGGCCUUCGACCAAGCACGUAAGGCACACCAGUGAGCCUGCCAACUUUGUUCCCAUUGCCUCCAAAGUUGUUGCCCCAGAAACCCAUUUGUCUUGCAGCCAGCCAAUUCAUGUCACUGCCUCAGAAUCCACAAGACAGUCUAGAAAGCAGUUUCCCUUGGCACAGACUCCAUCCUUGGAAGACGUCACCAGGCAGUACGUUUUGAAAGGGGAAUCGUCCCUUCAACUACCAGAGGAUUUGUCUGCCUCAGCUCCUAGUACACCAACCAGCUCCGAACCCCGUGUGCCCACUCUGUCAAAACCAAAUGAGGAAGUUGGAUCAAGCAUCAACAAAGGCAAACCUCAAGUGGAUAUGAGAAAACAUGUGAUGAUGACCCUGCUGGAUGCAGAACAGUCAUAUGUGGAGUCCCUCCGAACACUCAUACAGGGAUACAUGAGGCCUCUGAAGCAGCCGGAGAAUUCCUGUAUCUGUGACCUGGCCCUCGUAGAUGAUAUGUUUUUCCAGAUUCCGGAAAUCCUGGAGCACCAUGAGAAGUUUCUGGAGCAAGCUCAUCAGUGUGUCCAGAACUGGCAUGAGAAACAGAAAGUGGGAGACCUGAUGAUUGAAACAUUCUCCAAGGAUGUACUGGCCAAUUCGUACUCUGCAUACAUCGAUAACUUUCUUAAUGCCAAAGAAGCUGUGCGACUGGCCAAGGAUGCAAAACCAGCAUUUAUUAAGUUUUUGGAGCAAAGCAUGAGGGAGAACAAAGAGAAGCAAGCUCUGUCUGAUUUAAUGAUCAAACCGGUUCAGCGAAUUCCCCGGUAUGAACUUCUGAUAAAGGAUCUACUGAAGCACACUCCUGACGAUCACCCAGAUCAUCCAUGCCUGCUCGCAGCACAGCGUUACAUUAAGUUACUAGCUGAAAGGAUAAACAAGGGGAAGAAGAAUGCAGAGGAAGCAGAGAAAGAGGCUCGCAUACUGCAAGAGAUAGAAUCCCAUAUAGAAGGCAUGAUGGAUGUGCGUAUCCAUGAAGAGCUUCUGGUUCCUCACAGAAAAUUUUUAAGACAGGAAAUGGUGACGGAAGUGAAAUCCGUUAGUAGCAAGAAGGAACGCUCGCUGUUUCUGUUCACAGACCUUCUGAUUUGCACUACUUUGAAACGUAAAACUGGCUCUCUCCGACGGAGUUCUAUGAGCUUAUACACAGCUGGGAGUGUGAUUGAUACUGCAAGCAAGUAUAAAUUCCUCUGGAAACUACCUUUGGAAGAUUUGGAUAUUGUGAAAGGGACAUCCCAAGCCACAAACCGUGAAAACAUUCAGAAAACUCUCAAUCGACUGGAGGAAGAUUUCAGUAUCUUGAGUCAGAUUAGCACGUUAGCAGAGACACUCAGUAUUUCACACCAGAGCCUGGAUGAUGUUAUUAAAGACCUGAUGGCCUCAGUGAAUCGGGAGCUCUCUGAGAAACAGUCACUCGCAGUCAGUACGAUGUUUCCUCUCACAAAAGUUGAACUAACGGCCACAACAGCUGAGGGAACCGAAACGUUCAUUUUUGAGUUCAGCAGUAUUGAGGCACGAGCUGGCUUUGAACACGUGUUCGAAGAAACCAAGAAGAAAUUAGCUUUGAACAAAGAUCAUUGGGACCCAGAAUUCCUGAAGGCCAUUCCCAUCAUGAAGACACGGAGUGGAAUGCAGUUCUCCUGUGCAUCCCCCAGUCAUGGAGGACCAGACAACACCCAUGAGGUCUGGGUAUGCAAUAGUGACGGGUAUGUUGGGCAGGUCUGCUUACUAAGCAUCAAACCAGUACCUACUGUGGAAGCUUGUAUUGCAGUGUGUUCGGCAAGAAUUAUCUGCAUAGCCUCUGUGCCAGGCCUCAGUGGUACACCCAGGGACAGGUCAGAGUUGCUCCUGACCCCUUCCUGUGUACACCCGCACCGAACUAGCACUCUCUCCUUGGAAGAUCCAACUUCCCAGCAACCAUUCCACAUCUCCAUUUCAAACUCUGCUCAGUCACUGGGAGAACUGACUGAACGUGGAAAUAGAAGCUUGAACCCAUUCGACAGCGAUGACACGGAAGAUGAUGAGUCAUCCCCAAGCCCAUCAGGCACACUGAGAAGUCAGGCCAGCAGAUCUACCAUCUCCUCGGAUGAGGAGAUGUCAAGUUCCAAAGAUUUUGCAACUGAAACGACAAGUUCAGAGGAGGAGCCUGAGUCUGAUUUCAUAGCCAACUCCAACACUUUGUGUCAAACACGGAACAGUGACAGUCCAAUGGAUGGUCGGGCAAUGAGGAGAUCGAGUAGAGGGUCCUUCACCAGAGCAAGCCUGGAGGAACUUCUAAGCAUCGAUCCUGAGGCAAACCAAAGCUCCAUGUGGCUUGGAACAGAAGAUGGCUGCAUUCAUGUCUAUCAGUCGUCUGAUAACAUCCGUAACCGGAAGAACAGUAUGAAAAUGCAGCACUCAGCAGCAGUCAUGUGCAUCCUGUAUCUUGACAACAAAGUCUUUGUGUCAUUGGCAAAUGGUGAAUUGAUGGUCUACCAAAGAGAUGCAGGAAGCUUUUGGGAUCCACAGAACUCAAACACGUUGUGCUUGGGGUCGCCAGGAAAUCCUGUCACCAAGAUGGUGCAGGUAGCAGGAAAGCUUUGGUGUGGAUGCCAGAAUCGGAUUCUCAUCAUCAACACUGCCACACUUUGCCAGGAGCACAUGAUCCAGAUUGGCCAAGACUCCAAUCGAUGUGUGACGAGUAUGGUGAGCUCCAGUCUGGGCGUCUGGAUCGCUCUCCAAAGCAGCGCACAGGUGAAGCUGUACCAUGCGGGCACCUACGAAAACCUGGCAGAGGUCGACGUGGCCCCUGCGGUUCACAAAAUGCUCGCAGGUUCCGAUGCCAUUAUUCGUCAGCACAAAGCUGCCUGCUUACGAAUUACUGCCCUGCUUGCCUGUAAAGACCUUCUCUGGAUUGGAACAAGUGCUGGUGUAGUGUUAACACUCUCUAUUCCCCACGUUACUGCCAAUACCACCUCCCUUAGGACACCUUUAAUACCCAUGGGUUCAGCGCACGGACACACGGGACAUGUUCGAUUCCUCACAGCGAUUGAAUUACCAGAAAUCUUCGAUCUCAGUUUCCCACCAGCAAGGGACCCAGGCCGCCCUGGUACAGGUAGUGAGAGAUUGGUUGGCUCCCAGAAGCGAGAUUCAGGAAGACGCCGACCAUCUGCUAUUAUUCCAUUGAAAACCAACAUGCUAGUGAUCAGUGGAGGUGAUGGCUAUGAAGACUUCCGCCUAACCAAUAGCAGUGAGACUGUCGGCCGUGAUGACAGCACCAACCAUCUGCUUCUGUGGCGUGUUUGAGAAGAUUGGAGCUUGGUGUUGGCCAUGAGACUACUUUAAUUGUUUGUCUCCCAGUGUGCUUUGUCUAAUGCUUGGGCAUUUAGUCUCUGUGAGCAUUGUUUGUUCUUUUUUUAAAACAAAACUCUACACAAGCAGGACCCCUGAGUGAAUGAUCAGCAGGUCUUAAGACGUGUCUGCAGAUUGCGAAAUGCUCAGCCUGAGUUCUCUGCAAUGCUUGUGAUGCUAUAUUCUGUGUCGCACAGUGUGAUGUGGACGUGCAAUGGCUCAAAAGUUGUUGGGGCUUUUGAGUGAACAAGUGGAAAUAGGGAGAAUAGCCCCCCCCCCCCCCCCCCCCCCAUCACCUGUGAUAAUCAUGGGUUCCCAUUGAUGAAAAAAAGAAGCCACCUAAGUUUGGGACCAAGAAAUGAUGCAAUGUUAAAAACAAAGAAAGUUAAACCAAAAGAAAAGGCAAGGGAUUUUGGGAAUAAUACUUUGUCCGGGACAUCAUCUUAUAUGGCCAGAGCUCUCUUUCCCAUUGUCUCUUUUUUGUCUUACCAAAUGUUGAGAAGCUGACAGUAACUUUUAGCAACAAUUAUGUGGAACGUUUAUCUGUGCUUCAACCUGAUAGCAACAUGGCUAUGAUUCAAGUAACGUCCAAAUAAUCGUGUCCAAUAAGAAGUUCAUCUGUGGGAACCUGUCUAGAACAAUGUUGGUGAUCUGCAUGGAUAUUGUGACAGUGGAUCUCUGCUUUUCGUUGCUAUUUGAAAUGAAGAGGCCUUCUGGCGAUUACAAGACCUCACUCAAAUGCGUCAUAUUUAUAUGAACCACAAAGUGGAACUCACCGUGACAUGCGUGUAUGUACUGACCUAUUCAAGACAAACAUGUAUGUGAACGUUAAUUCUCAGUGAAUCUGCAUGAGAGAGAACUGUGUGUUUAGUAUUAUCUUCUGGACGUGGCUCAAAAUGUCUUUCUGUGUACUGUCCCAUUCAUUCAGAGGGCUGAUGAUUUACAUCAUAAGUACCUCAACAUGUAUCACAGCAGCGUUCCAAUAUGUGCUUGGGUGUGUUCAACUGCCUUCUGUGUAGAAUAGAGCCAGUUUAUACAGAAGCCAGAGAGGGUGUGUAAAGUUACAAUGUGCAAUAUGUGGCCAAGAUUGUGGAGGACCAACACUUGUUUAGAACCAUUCAAUCAGAGGACAUUCAGACAUUUGCUGAAGCACCAGUUAAUUAGAGCCACAUAAUCACCUCGGUCUGAUGAAGGCCAUAAUCAUAGCUGUAGCAACCUUUUGGUCAGUUAUAUCGCAUUGGUCCUCCUGUACAGUAUUUAUGUUCAUUUUAACUUAGUUACCUUUUACAGCACUUAAUUUAUGCAUUUAUCUUUUAUGUUUAAAAGGUAUCUCUAGACAUUUGACACAAUUUUUUUUUACAUUUUGUGGCUUAAUCUGGUUGUUCAUUUUGUGUAGUUGAGUUUUUUGAAAAUGCCAGUCUGAAGUAUGUGGAUCUCAACAUCGGUGAAGGAACUGCAGUUUCUAACUCUACGGGAACUUCAUUCUUCCCUUUAAAGCUUCUGUAAUAAAACAACAGUUUUAUUGUGACAUGUUUGGUUUUAAAUGAGUACAAAUGCAAAAGGUAUUAGUUGAACAUUCCAAUACAAUUAAUAGCCAAAACAUUAUAAACUCACUUCUCUUUACAGGCUCUCACUGACCUGUUUGGGAUUUCCACAGUUUUCAGCUUUUCUUUUGAAUGGUUGGGUAGGAUGUUUUAUGAGGCCUUUUAAUUAUGACACUAAAAGAGGCCUUCUGAAUGACUUUUGAGGAUCAAAGAAAAUGGGAAUCUAAGAUUUCUCCAGUUGAAUGGAAACUGUUACUAAUGUCCACACGCCUAUAAUUUUGAUCUUCAGUAAUCUGUUUGUUGGGCUUACAAAAGAUUUGCAUUAUCACCAAAAUAAUAUUUAAAUGCAUAUUAACCUAAAAGUUUGCACUACAUUCAAAUCAAAUUAAGUUAAAUAUUUCUCUUCAGUCCUCCCACAGAACAAAGGUUUGAAACCAGUGCACUGGAGUCAAGAAUUUAGUCCAUUAUUUGCUUACUUUAUUCACUCUUUUGGAUUGAAUGCCUUUCAGAUAUAUGAUAUGUAAUUAAAACUCCUGGCAAUCGCUGUUGAAAGUCAGAUUCUGAAAUGUAGGAUUAAUACCUGCAAGUGAAGACAAUCACAUUUGUGGUGUGAAUCACACACUGAACCCCUCACUCAGCUGGGUGCAGAGUAUAGUUAGCUUGUUUCAAUUUCUUCCUGAAAGUAGUUGGACCGAUUAAACCUGAUGUUCUUUGAUUGUGAACAGAUCGCUUUAUUUCACAUUUCCCAAAGCAACAUAUACAACAUUCUCUCAAACAUUUUUGCCUGAUUAAAAAUAUGAAGACCAGUAGGCAUGUUCCAUUCUCUUUAUCUGCUAUCCCCUCCCUCCGCCCCCACUUUCUAACAGUUGUAUCAAACAUGUCAAGCAUGCCAGUCACUGAUUUUGAGUAUUUUGAAAGGUGUGAAGAGAAAUUUCUGCCCUGCUUACACCUUCCUGCUCCUUUUAGAUGCGCUAUUUCAUUCUAGAACGAUGAGAAAGAAAUCUUAUCUGUCAGAUCAUAAGUUAAUUAGCAAUUGCUUAAUCUGAAGCACACAGACUAGAAUCCUGUUAUUAGACAGGGUAUUUUGUAUCUGAAAAGGGACAAUUAGGUUAUUGGUUCUGGGUCACUAGAUGUCAGAUCAUCUGGGUAAUAACUAACGUCUGUAAGGUAUGUUUAAUGUUAUCGCGCAGUAUGUGCAAUCUGUCCAAUCAAAUUCUUUAUUAUCAACCAGCUUUAAUUCAAGAAGAAAAAGCUGUAUUUUGAAAUAAUUGAAAAAUCUCAGUAUCUUAUUCAUGUAGAGAAAGAUUCAGAAACAUUUUGACUUUAGAUCAAGUUCCCGAGGAAUGUGUGAUGAUCGGCCAAAAUGUAAGAGUUGCCAAAGUUACGCUUAGUUUAUAGUCAUCGUGAAUUUGUUCAGAUUUGGAACAUUCUCCUUCCCUAUUCACAGGAAAAUGUCAUAAACAUUUUUAUUUAUAAACAAAGUUUGCUUUAAAAUAAAAAUUAUUGGGUGGAUGAGUAUUAUGAACAGUAGUGCUUUAUGCUACUGUUAAAGCCAGUGGUGCCCCAAACCUGGUAGAAUUCUGAAUUAUAUUUGCAAAUGUGAGUCUUAAUAUGAUGUGCUGGUGCUCCUCCCUGGAAGAUAUCUUGUUCAAUAUUCUUUCAUAAGAUGUGAACAUUAUUGACAAAGCACACGUUGUCGCUCAUCCCUAACUGCCCUUAAGAAGGAUGUGCUUGGUUUAGGUAUGUUGACAGUGCUGUGAGUGAGGGAAUUCCAAGAUUUUGACUCAGUGACAGUUAAGAACAGCAAUAUAAUUCCAAGUCAGGAUAGUGAAUGGCUUGGAGGGGUGAUGUUCCCAUGUACCUGCUUCCUGCAUUCUUCUCAGUUAUAAAGGUCACAGGUUUGGAAGGUGUAAAUGGUUCACACUGCUGCUACUAUGAUGGAGGAGAUGAAUGUUGAAAGUGGUGGAUGAGUUUCUGAUGAAGAAGACUGUUUGCCCUAGAUGGUGUCGAUUAUCUUGAGUGUUGCUGGAGCUGUACAUAUGCAUUAAAUUGGGGAGUGUGCUAUCACUGUUCUGGCUGUUGCUUUGUAAAUGGUGGACUGUAAACAUCUUGUAAGUUGGGGAGUCAGGAGGUGAAUUACUCUCUGCAGGAUUCCUGGCCUCUGACCUGUUCUUGUAACCACUGUCUUUAUAUGGUGAGUCUAGUUCAGUUUCUGGAAAAUGCCCAGUUGGCUGAGGAACAUAGAGUCAUACAGAACAGAAACAAACCUGUUGGUCCAACCAGUCCAUGCCAAACUAAACCAGUCCCACCUGCCAGCUCCUGACCUAUAUCCCUUCAAGCCUUUCCUAUUCAUGUACUUAGUCAACGGUUUUUAAACAUUGUAAUUGUGCUCACAUGCACCACUUCCUCAGAAAGUUCAUUCCACCCACAAACUACCCUCUGUGUGAAAACUUUAUCCCUCAUGUUUUAUUUUAAAUCUCUUCCUCUUUAAAAUGUGCCCCCUAAUCUUGAAAUCCUCCAUCCUAUUUAUUGUUACAAAUAGAAAGACGACCUGUUAACCCAGAAAUUAUAGUUACUGCUCAUCUGUGGUAAGAAUAGAGUGACAUAAAUUGACUACUUGCAUUACAUAGUUUAUUGUAUCUAUGAGGAGACAAAGCAUUAUAAUGACCCAAAAUAGGUAGCACAAGGCAGGCCACAUCACUAGGAUCAACUUGAGAUCAGGUGGAACAACCUUGGAUUUCAUUUCCAACUUUGGAAGGCAAAACUGUAGUUUAAAUGUAACAUUAACAACUUGUGUACUAGCAUGUAAAAGAUUAAGUAUCACAUGCCAUGAACAGUUUCACAGUGAUUCGAGUCAAACACAUUAUAUAUUGUACUGAGUUUGCCCUCUGUUAACAACUUAAACUUUACAUUUCUUCUACCAGUGAAGUGAUAGCUACACAAGUUCUGAAGCUGCUGAUGUUUCCUCUCAGGAUAUGCACACCACAGAGAAUGUUUUAAUUAGCCUGUGAUUGUGAUUUUUAAAUAUUAGAGAACAUUGGCGUACAUGGAUGUUAGUAGAAAGCUUAAAAUACAUAAUGUGCAAGAGCAAAGGAAGCUGUACGAGUCUGUUGUUCAGAAGACAUGAUUUUAGAGAGGCAGAAUUAAAAGUGCCUAGUAUAAGCAAUGAAUUCUAAGUGCCUAGACUGAUAUUGGAUGUACUGUUAAACUGAGUAGCAUGGUUGAGUGGGAAUAGAUUGUUAUAUAUUGCAAUAUGAUGCAGAAAAAAUAUUUCACCAGCAAGCAGUUUACUUUCAGUUUAAUUGAUUUUUUUUAAAGAAAUAUUGUACCAAAGAGAUUUGGGAAAAGAAUUGGACUUCUGAUCAGAGAGCAGAUUGUAAUGUGCAAGUGAGGGAAAUGCUCAGAGAUAAGUAAGCUCAGAGGGUCUGUAGAUAUACUUAGUGUUUUAUGACAUCUGUUAGAAUAAGUAAAUGAGCUCAUUGAAAUUUGUUUGUGGAGAUUAAAUCACUUUGACUUCAAUCUAGGAGUGUUUUAUCUUGAUGCAAUUCUGUAAGACAUUUCCAUCAAGGAGAGGAAUUGUAUAAUCACAGGUUACAGAAUAGGCCCUUUGGCCCAUCGAGUUGUUCUGCCAACAAUAAACCACUACCUACCCUAGUCCCAUUUUCCCACACUAGGCCCAAAACCUUGAAUGUUAUGACACUUCAAGUGCUCAUCCGAGUAUUUUUUUAAGCAGGAUUUGAUUUAUGACUGCAAGACGUGUUCAAAAUCACAUUUCGGAAUCUUUUUGUUGUUUUCAGUGGCUAAUCACGAAGAAUGAGUAAAAUUGAGAAACGACUGAAUAAAGUCAUGCUUCAUGAAGGAAUGAAUGAUCUACAUCUAAUUUGAAAACACUAAGCUCGUUGAUAUUGCUGUUAGUUUUGUGGGCACUGAAUCUCAGGCAGGAGGGUCACAGUACAAUCUCAUGCCAGGGCCUUGUACAUUAACUUAAAAACUUAGAGACUCAUUAAACUUGACUUUGUACCCUUUGAGUUCUGAAAUUGAGGAAUGAUGUAUCAAGAUGUUUACAGUGAUGAGGGGGAACAAUGCUGAGGAAGAUGCAGAGAAACCAUUUCCUUUGGGGAUACCCAGAAAAGGACAUAACCUUAAGAUUAGAGCCAGGCCAUAAAAUCAGUGAAUAUUUUUUCACAUAAAAGACCUAAUAGUCUCACCACAGAAAUAUCAGGGAUAAUGGAAAUUUGAUAGACUAUAAUCGAUGCAUAUUUGUUGAGGUAAGGGCAACAAAGCAUAUGGAGCUAGGGCUAGAAAACUUGUUCCCUACUUACCCAGAACUUGGAGAGAACCUUUUUUCUAUGCAUUUGGCAGUGAAUCCUGAACAGGAGCCAUUGGAUGAAGUGAAAGAUGGACUGUAUUUGGAUAGACACCAGUCACAAAACAAGGUACAAGAUACAUAUGAUUAUAAAGAAAACACUGCAUCUUCUUUUGAACCAAGAUAAGGAUCAGCAGACAAGAAUUAAUUUAGAAUGGGAAACCAGAUGAAUCCAGCAAUUUACAUGAUCAGACAGCUCCAAACAAAGGCAAGCACUGCAGCAAAGAUGACAUUAAAAUAUAUAAUUGAAAUGCAGUGCCUUUUCAAGACUUUGGGAAAAUUAUAACUCCCUGGCAAGUAAAUGGCCAAGUGAGCAGUGAAGGAGUUCAGCAAAGAUAUAUAACUUUGCAGGGUGUUCAGAUUCAUGAAUUAUACCAGCAUCUAAUGUUAAAUUAGGGCUGCAAGUGGCUGACAGGCUAUAAAAAUCAGGUAGCUCAUAGGAAGUUAUGAUGAUUAAGAAAGGAGGGGUGAUUCUCGGGCAGAAUAGUUUUAGGAAUGAUCAGGUGUCCAGGUCAGAGAGGCCUAUGUUUACGUCUUAGAGUAGCCCCAAAUAGAAAGGCACUAACCUUAAGGGACCUCCGUGGUAAUCAACCAGGAAAACUGCCGCUAUUUCUUUGCUGUGGCCAAUGUUAAAUGGUAGUGCUGUUCUUUAGAAAUGUAGGUGAAGCCCUGACAGUAUCAUUGGGACUCCACUGCCUUUGGGCAAUUUCGAACUGAGGCUGUCAGCUUUAGAUGAUGUUCUUUAUUCUUUUCUUCAUUGCCUAGGGUGUACACUGUGCGCUUUGUAUCUUCAAAUUUUAGUUGCGUGCUCAUUGUGUUCAUUUUCAGUGGCAUUAAUUAAAUAUUCUUUCACACAAAAAACAUGUUAAAGAUUUCAUCUUACUAAGUGUUACACACCUCCAUGAAUAUUGCUACAAGAUCACCAUUAUCUGAAAAUGGGGAGGUUUUAGUAAAAUCAAAGAAUAGCUGGAGAAAAUGAUUCCCUUGGAUUUACUUGUUUUAAAGCAGACUGAAACUGUUUGGAGACAGGCUUAGCCAAGAAUUACCUGUUUUGCAAGUUUCUACGCCAGCCAUUGCUCUGGAUGAUGUACCUGUUACGGCAUAAACAUUUCCAAUGUGUUUCAUCAUUCAUCAUGGUUACCUUUAUUGAUUACUGGUUGAUGUCAUAAGAUUUCCAUUGCUACAGACAUGUGGCUUGCAAGGUAUUUUACAGUGUGACAGUGAGUCUCCCUUUGUGUCUAAAAGACCUGCAAAAUAUUAUUCAUGGUACAUGCAACGUAAGUACGUAUUGCUGAGGCAUCAGUCUUCUGUGCAAGAAGUUCCCUUUUUUAAUAUCUUCAGAGUACAAUCAGUCUAUCUUCGAUGUUUGUUUAAAAGCAAGAUUUUAGUAUUUUCUCAAACUAUAGGCCAAUUAGAAAAGAUAGUGGUAUCUUUAAUGUUGUGUCAGUUUUACAAUUGGGGGAUUGCUUUGUAAUGAUCAGCCUGCACUGAAAGUAAUUUUAUUGAAAAGUCACUUGCCAUGGACUGAGCUCAAGAGCUAACAGUACAAUAAUAAACAGAAAGUUAUAUGCAGAGAGAAAACAACAGUUUGUUUCUUUAUGUUCAAAAUUGCUUGGCAAUGGGAGAAGCCACCUUUGUGUAUUGUAAAUAAUGGUAUAUAUUUCCUCUUAUGUACAUACUGUUCUGUCUUUAAUUGUUGAUAUGAAUUUAAUGGCAUAUUUUUAUAUACUUGUUUAAGUAUCACUGGUGCAACUAUUGUGCCAGGGCAUUUAAAUUAUAACUACUACAGUACUUGGAAAGCUUUUAUUCUGAACCAUUAAAAGCCAAGUGAGUGUGUCAUGUUUAUCACAUAUUGCUGUUUUGUUUUGUCACUGUGCGAUCUUUGUAAUUAAAGUUCACUGGUGCCAGCUA